AUGAGUUUGAAGGUCAAACUAUCAUUCAGCGGGGGGAUGGAAUUACUAUUCAAUAAUGAUAAAUUCGUCGAAGUUAAAAUACCAGCUUUCAUUAACCCACCAAAUCCAACAAAUAUGCAAGACUUGAUUUUCUGGAUACGAGAUAAUCUACUCAAAGAAAGGCCAGGAUUAUUCAUAAGUGAAAACACAGUACGACCAGGUAUUUUGGUAUUAAUUAAUGAGACAGACUGGGAAUUGGAAGGGGAACUAGAUUAUGAGAUCAAAGAUGGGGAUGAUAUCGUGUUUAUUUCUACUUUGCACGGGGGAUAG